AUGUUAUCCGCAGAACAGAGCAAUUGUCUCAAUCUCAUCAUCUGCCACUUGCCAGAGCAUGUAAAGAAGUCCACAAUGAUGAUGGUGGAUGUCAUUGAUGAUAGUAUGCGUCACAUCAUGGGAGGAGAUCCGUUGGAAUCGCUCCGUAUCAAGGCUCUCCGUCAAGUUCUUUCCGACAUUGCCCCUACUAAUCAGAAUUUUAUCGAUUUUCUCAAAACACAUCAUCUUGAAAACUUUGGCAAUAGCUUGUUCAACAAAUCCCCAGAAAUCAUGACACUGAUGUUUAAACACUGCCCAUGGGAAAACACUCAUGCAGAUAAACGGGUCAAAAUCUCUCUCAAGGCAAAACAAUGGAUCGUCAUUGUUGACGAUAGAAAAUAUGUGGAUAUUCAACACUCUGACGGACUGUAUGUGGUCCCAUAUUGGUUCCCGUGCUUCAUGCAUCGUUUCACCUCGGAGGGCAUUCGCAGUAUUGAUGUUCACUUCGAAGGUGGACCAGAUGAGUUGGAUGAUCUCUUGAACUACGAGAAACGUACAUUCAAUGAACUCAGAAACUUUGACUUCUCUGACACUAAGACAACAACGAUCUCAUCGAAAACCACUGUCAACUGGAAAUACGUCGCAUGUCGCGGAAGCGUGUGCUACACGGCUCAUGCAAAACGCGUCGGAAGCGCUCAAGCGUUUGCGAAGUUUGAUCGCAAGCUGAUGGAGGGAGACAGCGUCCAGCGCAAUAUCACUGAUCUUAUAAAAACGGAUUUGUGCUAA